CCGCCCCUCUCAGAGCGGGCCCCGCCCUCCGCCUGCCUCGGUGCCUGUCAGGGGAGAGGGAGUCGGCCCGGCUUUGGCCUGGCCUAGUCCGGCCUCUUCCUCCUCCUCCUCCUCCUCCGCCCGCCUUCCGCGAGCGGGACGGAAACCGGGGAGGGACCCGCCGAGGGCGCGAGGGAGAAGAAGGAGAAGGAGAAGAAGCAGCAGCGAGCGGGAGCGGCGUCGCCAUGGGAACCCGCGACGACGAGUACGACUAUCUAUUCAAAGUUGUGCUGAUUGGAGACUCCGGGGUGGGGAAGAGUAAUCUCCUGUCCCGCUUCACACGCAAUGAAUUCAACCUGGAGAGCAAAAGCACUAUCGGUGUGGAGUUUGCCACCAGAAGUAUCCAGGUGGAUGGGAAGACGAUAAAGGCACAGAUCUGGGACACGGCUGGCCAGGAGCGAUAUCGUGCUAUCACCUCUGCCUAUUACCGUGGUGCCGUUGGAGCACUCCUGGUUUACGACAUUGCAAAACACUUGACAUACGAGAACGUGGAGCGUUGGCUGAAGGAGCUCCGGGAUCAUGCAGAUAACAACAUCGUCAUCAUGCUGGUGGGGAACAAGAGCGAUCUGCGUCACCUGAGGGCUGUGCCUACAGACGAGGCCCGCGCUUUUGCAGAAAAAAACAACCUGUCAUUCAUUGAAACUUCAGCACUCGACUCAACAAAUGUAGAAGAAGCCUUCAAGAACAUCCUUACUGAGAUCUACCGCAUUGUGUCGCAGAAGCAGAUUGCGGACCGGUCUGCCCACGACGAGUCUCCCGGCAACAACGUGGUGGACAUCAGUGUGCCCCCCACCACCGACGGACAGAAAUCGAACAAACUCCAGUGUUGCCAGAACCUGUGACCUCCCUGGGGCUGCCACCUGCCCCUCCCUUGGCCUGUGCUUCAGAGGGAAAACUCGUGUGCACCUUCUCCUCACAGCAACUCCAUUCAGUGACUCUCUCUCUCUUUCUCUCUCUCUCUCUGCCCUGCCCCUUCCACCUUAGAGGAUUCCUCUUAGGGCUUACAUUCCCUUUCCUCCAAAUCCUUUCGAAUGUGAUUUAUCCUGGGGGGGUUUUAAAUAGAAGCAUUUAGCAGACAGGUGGGUUUGUGUGUGAGAAAGAGAGACAGAACACCUACCGGAGGUCCGUUGCUCCGAGACACUUGUUAAACUUCUCUUUGUUUGGUUAUUGUGUGCAUGUGCGAGAGCGGGAAGGAUGCAGAGGUUGUUGUUGUUGUUCUAAUAGAAGAAAUAGCAGCACUUGGGGAGCACAGGAGGAGUGUUACUCUUUGUUUCCUCUCAGGCCAUUCUCCAGGCACAAGAGAAAUUCUAAACUAAGAAAACACUCACUUUGGGCUUGUCGGAAAUGGUGGCGGUGGUCUUGUGCGUGCACACGCUGUAAGUCCGUGGAAGAUAACCUUUCCCCUGUUGCUUGUUCUUUGUCCUUCCCCUUCCCGUCUUAAUGCUGAGUUGGCCUGGCUGUGUAGUUUUCACUGCUUUCUGCCCUGGGAAGUCUUUUCUUCUCAAUGCAUAUAUAUAUAUAUUUUCCAAUUCAGUUUGGGAACAAUGAAGUAUGUCUGUGCGCUGCAUUCCUCUCCCCCCCGCCCCCAGCUGCCAGCACGGCUGUGUGCAGGCUAUAUGAAGUGGCUUCUAAUA